AUUUGUUCGUUACUCCCCACAGCCCCUCCCCCCGAUCUCGCGCGCGUUUAUUCGUUAUUUAUAAUGUUAAAGCAAAACAACAACUUGAAAUGUGACAUUUAGCGCUGCAUUUAGCAUUGCGCGACAGAAACACGAACUUUAUUGUUAUUUUAUAUUUUUCACGAGGCGACCUCGGCCGCAUCGCUUCGACAAUUCCCCUGCUCGCCUCGCCGCCACACUGCCACUGUUUACCUCAACAACAACAACAAACAACAACCGCUAUUGCUCUCUUUGUUUCAUCGACAUUAUUCAGUGGCAUCAGCAGACGCAAGAGAACAAGAUUUUAAAGCCGUGUUUGUGGGAAGAAUUUACAUUUAGAACGGCGACGGCGGCGCCGUUAUCUGCAAUGUCCAGGAGACAGCAGACGCGAGACUUAUCUGACAUGACGUUCGACAUGAAAACCGGCGUCGUUCUGGCCCAGCCUGGCACCCAGGAAAACAUUAAAGAGAAGGUGAAUGCGGUUCGCACUAUCGUUCCAAACAGAAGCAAGAACGAGGUGGUGCUGAUUCUGCAAUACUUUGACUACAGCGUGGACAGGGCGGUCCAGGCCUUCCUGGAAGAUGAAGUCACCGAGAUUUUUAAAGAGUGGAACAUCUCCGGAAAAAAAAAGAACUCGAGGAAGAAGAAACCCAGGGGUCAGGCACAACGAGCAGACGCUCGGCGUGAGGGCGCUCAAUUGGACAAAGCCGAGACAGGCCUGGCCGGCACGGAGGGGCCUGUGGCCACGGCGGGAGGGCCGGGCACGCGGGCGACUACGCUCACCGCGACGGAUUCAGAGCCCGCAUUGUCGUGCGCCGCGUCCGAGGAGAACGCUUCAAGAGACAGGCGCGACGAGGAGCUGGUGGACUCGCAGCAGGGAUGCACGACGUCUCCUCCCACAGGCAAAGUCGACUCCUCGCAAGAGAGAGGACGAAGGGACGUGGGCCUGCAGCAGAGUGGUGACAUUAACGAGGGCCCCCUCUCCGGGACGAAGCACGGGCCCCCAGCGACGUCUAAAUUCAGCCGCCCCCGAAACACGGGGCCACAGACUGCAUCCUCUCAUUGCGAGGAGCCUCCGGGCCCUGCUUCCAGAAACAACAGCAAGAAAGGUGGUAGCAGCAUAGAAAAAUCAGUGAAAGAUCUCCAGAGGUGUGCAGUGUCGCUCUCCCGAUACCAACUGCUGAUUCACGAGGAGAUGGAUGCCUCUGUCAAGAAGAUUAAAAAGACGUUCUCAGAAAUACAACAAUGCCUCAUGGACAGGGAGGUAACAGUCCUCUCAGAACUGGACAAAGUAAAACGAGAAGCCAUGACAUUUCUAGAAAACAGACGAAGGAUGGCGUCAGAACUGAAGAAGCAGUGCGACCUGUCGCUGAGGAUGUCCGAGGCACAACUUGGCGAGCUCCGAGCCAAUAUAAAGCUCUUUGUGAGUGAAAGGAAAUACGACGAAGAGUUGGGGGGAACGGCACGAUUCACCUGUGACCUGCCGACCAUCGUACAAGCAAUGGAAACCUUUGGUAAAAUUUCUCAUCCGAGGAGUGGUUAUGGGGAGAAUCCCCGGCAUGGAUCAGAGUCCUCGGAAUCCGGCCACUCGGCUCAGUUUGGCUCCAGCGACGUUGGGGAAUUCUCCGAGGACUCGAGGAUUAAGCCCCCCACUGUUCAACCCGUGCCAGCAGAAACAAGAGCAAAUACACCAUACCAGGUUUCUGGAGACAAAGUGAGGGAUCAGUACCAUUUUCAAGGGAAAACUAUUUACAACUCCAACCAGCAAUACAGGGGUGACUGGAAAGGGCAUGACCACAACGGGCCACAAAGCGACCCAAGGUUCAGGCAUGGCACAUUCUACAGGCACCAUGGGCACCGGGGCAGGAGGGUACCUGACAGCAAGGAGCACCACCGUGCUCAGUACUGCACCAGUGCCAGCGAGCCACACGACAGGCCCUGCCCAGCAGCAGUCGGAGCGGCAGGAAACGAGGGAUCGAGUAUGCUGCCGGUCGGCAGGCUCAGAGAGACGACCGAUGGUGGUGGAGGCGGUGAUAUCUGCGCCUCGCGGCGUAAAUCUGUCUACCGGCACACUCGACGAUGCCCCGCCGUGGACAGCGCCCAUGCCCGCGAGGUCGCCUUGGACAGCCGCCUUCAGUGCAAGGAUUGAGGAGCGUGACACUCACAGCCACUGCCAUGGAAGCUCGCGUGAACACGGGCUGCGAGUUGUGUCGGGAAGCCCUUUCGACUUGAGCACAGUCCCAAAAAAUACAACCUGGACAUGUGGCAUGCCAGUGUUUGAAGAUUUUCCUGAUUUGGCUUCUAGAAAACACAACUGUAAAACGUUGUUGUGGUGGUGGUAAAUAAUUGACAUUUAUUGUCAAUGUUUUUAUUUUAGGACCAGCUUUUUACUUAGUUUUCUGCUAAAACAACUCAGUGUCAUGGCAAAGUAUUUCACUUUUGUUCAGUGAAAGCGAUACAUUGCACCACCUUGUAGGAUCAUCUUCAGAGCAAGUCUUGCACGAAAAAUGAAAAUGUUAAUAUUUCCAUUGCAAAUAUUACCCUUGAGGACUCAUACCUUAUUGUAUGUUUUAUUGUGUAAUGCCAAAAUUGUAAAAGAAAAUUCAAUCAAAAAGUACUACUACUUUUGCUUACAAGUGCCUUGCGGUGUGAAACUGUUCAAUAGUUUAGGUUUUUGUUUUGUGUCAUUGUAGAAGGAAAUGCAGUAACUUAUUUUUUGUAAACGUCUCUUAGUUUUACAUUCAUGAGAAAUGCAACAUUUUUUUGCGUCAAGAUUCAACGAAAUGUCUUUUGUACAUUAUCUGCAAUAUGCAUGUUUGCAAUUUCGGUUCAUUAGAAGUUAAUGUUGCCAAUUUCCUCCGAAUAUUGGUUUAACAUCAGGAGCUGCAAUUUCAAGUCAGUCGCUUGGUCCGACAGGUCAGCUUGGUGUUGUCGAGUGCCAUCGUUUACAUGUAUUCCAUUUAAUGAGCUGCAAUUAAACUAACUCCUGGAUAUGUCCGGAACCAACACUCCACCAAACCCAGUGUGGCCUGUUGUGCCAUUUGAAGCAAAUAAUGACUGCUCUCUUUGGGAAAUAAAUAGUUGAAAAUUCUACACGAUAAACACUAAAGAGGCAGUGAGUAGGCACUGGCUUUAGGAAAUGGAAUAAAACAAUAUAACACCACAACAAGAGGAUAACAUGACCACAUUUAUUUAAGUUCAAAUAACAAAUACGCAAGUUUGAUAUUUUGGGUUUGCACCUUAUGUGUUCUUCGAGAGAAAAUAAAACUUCGAAUGCUCUUCUCAGAUGUACUGCUCAAGAGUUUUCAACGAUACCAGUAUCAAUUUUUGUUUAAUAUUAAUAUUGUCUAAUAUUACAGGCAAAUACAUUUUUAUUUUAAGACUGUUCAUGAGCGUGUGAGAAUGUGUACAUUGUGCAGCACGACUGCCCUAGUUAGAUUUCCGUCCAUCCCACGCUCGACUUGCUGCCAGUUUCACUGUUGAGCCAUUUUUGCCGUUUCUGCUCGGAUCAGAGCUAUGAGAUCCUGAUUGAUCAAGAAGACAAAACGCAAUCCGCUGAUCUGUAAAGACAUGACAAUGUUUAUAUUUAAGGAGAGGAGUGAGAACAUCUUAAUAUACAUUGAGAGACUACAAGAGUUAAUUAUGUAAGAGAUAAGAAUGAAUCCUCUCACUUCUACUACAGAAUUGUUGUUGAGUUUCCAUUUGGCCCCGGAAAGGACAGGUCUUCCGUCAAUAAAAAUUGGUCGCCUCCCCUCGUUUGCAAUGAAGAAGUCCCCAUUGCUCUUCAGUUUAAUGGUGCCUUAAAAAAAGUACACGCAUUGUAAAUAUGUACAUCUCAAAGUACAUGAACAUGAGUUAAAAAGCAAUCAUAAUUUUGUGCAAACGCUUUGUGCCACGUUAUUGUCAGCAGCGUAAACACGGCACCUUGUUUACGGGAUAUUUUCCAGGAUGGGCCUUCCAAAGACAGGUCGACAUCAAUCUGGUUGUCCUUUGUGGCCCUUCCCAGGGUAAUCUGACCAAAACGACACAGGACACAUAACAGCACAGGCUAAAUUACACAACAUUGUACAUAUGCUGCUUCAUUGCAGCAUAUCUUUGGCAAACAAUCUCAAUUAUUUAAUUUAUGGGCACUUUGUCCAUCCACUGCUGGAUGAAGACAUCCCUGCAUCACGUUGGUCAAGGGGAUUGUUUGACCGUACGUCACGCUGGUCAGUACGUGUUUGUGAAGUGGUGUGGUGGUAGGAACGGUUCAGAUAUCACUCUUCACUAGUAAUAACCAGGGAUAAAACUCAGGUCCCCGGCCUCUUUAGCAGUGUGCUCGCCGCGUGGUGGCGAUGCACACCGGUAAUCCAACACUGGAGGCGAGAGUUGGUGGACCACACACACAUGUUGUUUGACUCCCAGUGGGCGUCGAGGUGCCAUACCCCGACUCGCCAAAAAGCAGUACAGUGAAUGGACUAAUCACUGUCCGUUUCCAUCUGUGGCCAUUUGUGUGCGUAGGUUUUCUCCGGGUGGUCCGGUUUUGUCCCGCUUGUAUACACACUCAAUAAUUUGAUGAAAAUAUCUUAAAACAAAAACACAAUGUGCGGGACCCCUCCAGAAAUAGGAUCCUGCGACUCAGUUUGAAAUUACUCACUUCUCUGGAGCGCAUGAGGUAACGGACCAGUCUCCCACGCAAGACGGCAAGAGUUUGGUUGUCGAACUCUGGUGGGCUCAAGCCUAUAGAACGACACAUUUUUCAAAUUACACUUGGGAGUUUUUGACCAUACUUCACCAUGCUAUUCGGUGCUAGUGGGUGAAAGCAGGUCGUGUACACGUGGGAGCAUAGAAGUGCAGUAACCUGUUGCGCAAGGUGGUUGCCCAAAAUCUAUCCAGUCUGAAUUCUGCUUUGCUUCAGAGAUCUGAAAAGCUCGGGUAUGUUCUGGGUGAUUUGGUUAUACAGCAAAAACUAGAGUGUGCAUUCUCAAAUCAUGACUUCAAUUAUCAAAAUAUUAACGGUACUAUUUUUGUUGUGGUGUCCACUGAAAGCUAUACAUUAUUUUUAAAAGCUGAUUAAUGUUGCAGUUCUCGUGUAUCCCCACAGCUGAAUUUCUCACUGAUGAUUUUCUGGGUUGGUUAAAUUGAUGUACAUGACUAGUAGUAGCAAUAUCCAUAGCGAGUGGUAUACUGGAUGCGGUGUGCCAGGUAGGAAAAUAUUUUACGGGAAGUUGGUAAAUUGUAGGUGGCCUGUGACAAGUAGCCAAAGUUAUAGUGAGGAGUAUACUGGCUGUCGUGUAGCGGGUGUGAAGAUUUUUCCUAGAUCCCCAACAUGGACAGAUCGAGCUGAAUGAACGCCUGCGUGUGCCCGUGUGGUAGGACCUGUCACGCUGUCCACCAUCGCCUGCCACUUGGGCAGCUCCUGCUCCAGCUGCCGGAUCUCACGCUUCUGUCUCCGAUCGGCCACCGCCAGCUCUGUGCCGAGACGAUCGUUGGCGAUGAUUAAUCCACUGCUGGAUGGGGUGAAGGCUUCCUCAAGCCGUCACCAUCUCUCACGGGUCUUGCGAGACGUGACUGCUCUCUGCUCGGCUAUUACAUUACACUGUUAUGUUUGUAAAAAUUCACAGCACUUUGUCAAUUAACUGAUUGAUGAAGGCCUCACAUGGUGCUCGGUGAUGGGGAUUGUUUUGACACUACUUCACCACGCUGGUCAGUGCGAGCGAGUGAAGGGGGCACUCGGAACCGGUUCAGAUAUCACUCGCCACCGAUGUUGGCCGUGGCCAGGAAACUCAGGUUACCGGGUUCAUGGUGCUAGGCUCGCCAAAACAGCGAUGCACAGCUGAGCUGCAAUGGACAAGCAAUGAACACCACUUUCUGCACUGGGCUGCUGGUUUCUGUUUUGCACAAAUUAGCUUUUUAAAUGCAAUUUAUCGCUUCAGCUUACCGUGUUCCAGUGUUUCAUCUCUGACGUCUCUGUGAGAAAGCAUAGACACAGGGUCGAAUCAUUCGUGAAUUGGCUUUAAGACCUUUCAUGAGUGCAAUAAAAUAUGGUGACAACUGAAAA